GGGAGCCUGCAGCCCACCCGAGCCCCUCUCGCCAUGGCGCGCCCACGGCUGCCCGCGCUGCUGCUGCUGCUGCUGUUGGCAGUGCCCCCUGCACGGCUGGCGCCCCCGACCUGCUACUCCCGGAUGCUGGCGCUGAGCCAGGAGAUCACCGGCCUCUUCCAGGGCCUGCAGGCCGCCGAGCCGCGGGAGCCGUGUGUGAGCUACCUGCCCCGGCUGUACCUGGACAUACAUAAUUAUUGUGUGCUGGCCAAGCUGCGGGACUUCGUUGGGACCCCCCAGUGCUGGCACAUGGGCGCAGUGGACGCCCUUCGGGACAAAGCCCGGCAGCUGUACACCAUCAUGACCACCUUCUGCAGAAGAGACCUGGUGUUCCUGUCGGAUGACUGCAGUGCCUUGGACUCGCCGCCCCCCGUGACCUCCGGCCCCGCCGACAGCCAGAGCUGAGGCCGAGCAAAAGGCAGUGGGGAGGGCCUGAAGACUCCGCCUGCUUUCCCUCCCCUGGGCCCAGCCCGGCCGCCCCUCUCUGGGGACCCCCGCCCUGCCCUCCCGUGCUCCUGGGGUCUCCUCUGGUUCCACUUCCUGCCUGCAGCCAGCUCCCAGGCUCUGGCAGUGCCUUCCACCAUGCUGUCCCUCUGGAGGACACUGCAGGGUCUACGGCCUGGCCAGGUUCACUCUGCAUCGCCAUGAGCAGCCCCCAAUAAACACCGCGUCUGGCAAG